CUCUUCCCCAGCGCGAGCGACGUCGGCGCAACGUUACUAUGGCGACGCUGUCAGUUUUCGUGGCCGUGUCAUAGUUCAGCGGAUAUUCUGCGCGCACGCUCGCCGCGCCGAGGCGGCUCGCAAUCAGUGGCUUUUCUCCACCGCAUCACCCCGGAGUCGGCGCAGCCCGGCCUCGCUGAUAACCCGACGGCAGACGGGGCGCAACCCCAGUAUACAUCCUGCGCGCGUCUCCGCUCGACGACGCUCCCGUACUUCGACGACGACGGCGACGACGACGACGACGGAAGAGCCAUCAGUUUCGCUGGCCGCUAGUGCGUUGAGACAGGGCAAGAAGGCAGUCGCGUGAGGGGGCAAGCACCGCGCUUGUAUUGAGACGCGACGCAGCCCUCAAGGCACGUCGUAUAUCUACGCGCAUACGCUCAUACAUGUGUGCACACAGCCGCCGGCCAGCCGCGGCAAGAGAACGUGUGCGCUUGAACGACGACGACGACGAUACGAGCAAGAUCAACGACAGCAGCAGCAACAGCAACGGCAACAAACAACGACGACAGCAACAACAACAGCAACAACGAUCACGUCGCUAGCCGCAACAACGACGACAACAACAGCAACACUUUCUUCUAGAGAAACCCCAAAAAUACGCGACUAACACGCACCUAAGCAGGUCGACCCUUGCCAGCAGCAGCAGACGACGACCACGACGACGACGAUGGCAAUGACAGUGAGUAACGCCGUGAAUCCCGGCUGGAGGGACCCGACUCAGCCGACGUUGCUGCCCUCCUACACGACAACGACGACGCCGGCGACGGCACCGCCCGUGCCGGCCGCGCCGACGCCGAGUCAGACGCACGAGCUCGACGUCAAGAUCGACAUGAACACGACGUCGUCGACGGGCAGCGUCCAGUCGACGAAUUCGGACAAGUCGUCGCAGCACAUCGAGUGCACGGUGUGCGGCGACAAGAGCAGCGGCAAGCACUACGGACAGUUCACGUGCGAGGGCUGCAAGUCGUUCUUCAAGCGCAGCGUGCGUCGCAACCUGACGUAUACGUGCCGCGGCAGCCGAAACUGUCCCAUCGACCAGCACCACCGCAACCAAUGCCAGUACUGUCGGCUGAAGAAAUGUCUCAAGGUGGGCAUGAGACGAGAAGCGGUGCAGCGUGGCCGCGUGCCGCCGACACAACCGUUCCCAGGGAUGGCGCUCACCAACGGCGAGCUGCUGAACGGCCACACGUACCUGUCCAGCUACAUCUCGCUACUGCUGCGCGCCGAGCCCUACCCGACAUCGCGCUACGGACAGUGCAUGCAGCCAAACGGCAUCAUGGGCAUCGACAACAUCUGUGAACUAGCCGCGCGGCUGCUGUUCAGCGCCGUCGAGUGGGCGCGCAACAUACCGUUUUUCCCGGACCUGCAGAUCACCGACCAGGUGGCGCUGCUUCGGCUCGUCUGGAGCGAGCUGUUCGUACUGAACGCGUCGCAGUGCUCGAUGCCGCUGCACGUGGCGCCGCUGCUCGCCGCCGCCGGCCUGCACACGUCGCCGAUGGCCGCCGACCGCGUCGUCGCCUUCAUGGACCACAUCCGCAUAUUCCAGGAGCAGGUCGAGAAGCUGAAGUCGCUGCACGUCGACUCGGCCGAGUACAGCUGCCUCAAGGCGGUCGUUCUCUUCACAACAGACGCAUGCGGCCUGUCCGACCAGGCGCACAUCGAGAGCCUGCAGGAGAAGUCGCAGUGCGCGCUCGAGGAGUACUGUCGCACGCAGUACCCGAACCAGCCGACGCGCUUCGGCAAGCUGCUGCUGCGGCUGCCGUCGCUGCGCACCGUCAGCUCGUCGGUCAUCGAACAGCUGUUCUUCGUGCGCCUCGUCGGCAAGACGCCCAUCGAGACGCUCAUCCGCGACAUGCUGCUCAGCGGAAGCUCGUUCAACUGGCCCUACAUGGCGAUCCAAUAGCCGACGGGGGUAGGGAGGAGGGAGGGAGGCUGGUGGGGCGCCGCCUUCCCUCCCUCCACGCUCACGGGGAGCGGUGGUGGUGACGCGAAUAGACGCGCUCCCUCUGGCCACCGGGAUGCCGCGGCGGCGCCCCCUGGCUGCUGGUGGGGGUGGGGGUGGGGGUGAGUGGCAUGCGAAGAAGAGACAUGCGCACAUAGUACAGAGAGGUCCAAAUAUAGACGCGUGGUGAGUGGUAGUGAAGGGGUUUUCAGGCAAGGCGGUGUCAGAGAGACUUGUUGUCAAGGUAUCGCGUAAAGAAUCAACGAAAUAUCCGAGUGCAAUGUGUAUGUGCGGAGCGGCAAUGAUCGUCCGCGAUGGUGAGGGCGUCUACUGGUCUUGAAGCUAGCAAUUCGGCUCGUAGCAAGGGUGCACGUGCUCUACCAGAAAGGCAAUACCAUUAUCACGCUCUACCAGCGUGCAGUGUUUCAGUAAGAAUAUCACGUGAGAGCCGCCAGAAUAGGACAGUAAGUGCGUAAGCACUGAUAACACGAUCUCAUCGCGUUCGGCUAGCCAGAUAUCGAAGCCACUGAUCCACUUCCGUCAAUUCGCUACACCGAGACGGUAAGACAUAUAGUGGCCAAAGAAGAAGAAAAACACAAAUAAUGUCUGUCUAGUGACCGCAGUGCCGCAAAAAUGUAAAUGGCGUACCGACGAACUAUAAAACAAUCGGUUGCCUACUGACCGAAUUUAGGGUGGACAUUUGCGCGCGCCAUCAAUUGCCUGUUCACGGCAUCAUCAAUUUUGCGGUAGAGUAAGUGCGUUACAGUUCACACAUUGGAGCUCUAGCCAGGUUGCUGCAGGGCGUUGUGUGCUACCAUGUACCCUGUUAUGUAGGCGGAUAGUGUGGCAAGCACUCCUUCUCCUCAGCGUCGACUGCUGGUGUUGCCCCCGUAGUAUUCUCACAUACAUACUCUCACUCUCUCACUAUUUCUCUCCGUCUAUCGUCUCCGUCUAUAUCUCUCUGUCUCGCUUUCGCUCU